UGUGUGAGCAGGAAACUGCAUCCUCAGACCUCUGCCCAGCCACGAGCGGACCUGAGACUGCCCUGCACGCCCGGCGGAGCCUCCUCCGGGGCCCGGCUGCCCCACACCGCCCCGUCCCUCCGCGCGGCUCCCCAUUGGGUUCCCCAGCCACAGCUUCACCUGCGGGCUCCUGACUCCCCAGGGCUCCCGGAGGAUGCUCAGGCCACCGGCCGAGGCCCUGAGGCAGCAGUGAGGGGGGCCUCCAGUCUCCCAUUCAGCUCUUCUCAGUCCCCUCCGCCUGUGCCUGCUGCUCCCCCAGGGGUUGAGCAUGGUGGUUUUCUCUUGGAGCCGGCUGGAUCGGGACGUCUGAGAAGAUGCCUGCCAUGAAGCUGAUCACUUGCUUCCUGCAGCUCCUCGUUGGGCUGGUGCUGUCUGCUGUGCACCCCCAGCACCGGGUCUCGUCUGCUCGGAACAGCUCAUCAGAGGUAGAAGUGGUGCCCUUCCAGGAGGUAUGGGGCCGCAGCUACUGCCGGCCGCUGGAGAGGCUGGUGGAUAUCACGUCCGAGUACCCCAGUGAGACGGAGUUCUUGUUCAGCCCAUCCUGUGUCCCCCUGCUGCGCUGCACCGGCUGCUGUGGUGACGAGGGUCUGCAGUGUGUGCCCACAGAGAUUGUCAAUGUCACCAUGCAGAUCCUGAAGAUCCGCCUUGGGGAGCAGCCCUCCUUCGUGGAGCUGGGCUUCUCCCAGCACAUACGCUGUGAGUGCAGGCCUCUGUGGGAGAAGAUAAAGCCAGAAAGGAGGCGGCCCAAGGGCAGGGAGAAGAAGAAGCAAGAGAAGCAGAGACCCAAAGACCCGUGUGGCAAUGCUGUUCCCCGGAGGUAGCCAGCCCCUCGGAGGAGAGACCCCACCUGGCUCGUGUAUUUAUUGCCGUCACUCUCAGUUACCUCCCUGCUGGCACCUGCCCUCUAUUUAUUAGCGAUCGCAUCCCUGCUGAAUGACUCAACCCCUCCUAGAUGAGGGGCAGGGAGGGACAGGAUCCUCAGGAAUUUAGUGCCUUAAACAGACCGUGAGAGAAGGAAGGAAGGCGGCCACAGACCUGUGAGUUCUUCAGCUUGGGAAGAAACAAGACACGUGGGCUUGUGAGAAGAAAGCCAGGCUCCAGAGGCUCUGGGAGUCUCCAGGGAGCUGGAGGGGGAAGGAGGGGACCCAAACGUCUGUUCUUGGGCUCUUGGCUCUGCACGAACAAGCAGCCCUUGCUUUGGGGGCUCCUGGCCAAGGCGAGGGGGGAGGAAAGCAGGCAGCGGCUGGAGGUGGUCUGGCCACUUCCUCCUCUUCCUGGCAGCAGCCCAACACCCUGGAGAUCAGAAUGUUCAGCUCUGGGAGAACAGCGGUUGCCUGGGGACCUCUGCACUCCUUGUCCCCACAGGGUCUCUCCUCGCAUCUUGCCACCUGCUUGUGAUGGGACAUUGUUCUUUCCAGCCCAGCACCACCAUCCUGCCCCUCAUGGGGACAUUGGCAGCGCGUGGGCCCUGGGCCGGACAAGGGGCAGCCCAGCCAAUGGGGACAAAGCCACCAGGGAGAUGCCCUGAGUAUCCAGCCCGAUGGUGUACAGCAAGGGGGGCAGGUUCCCCAAGGCCCCAGUGCCCUGCACAAGCUGCCCCUGCGGGGCCAUCUGACUGCCAGCCAGAUUCUCUUGAAUAAAGUAUUCUAG